AUGGCUGGUGUUUUGAAGACUGUUGGAGACUACUUUGAAUUAGACAAGUAUCAGAAUGAGAUAGCUCCAGUUGUAAAGGAGAACUAUGAUAUGAUUUAGAAGAUGGUAGAGACAAAAGAGAAGGAGUGUUUGAAUAAGAAUUUAGAUAAUGAGUAAAAAUACAUUGAGUGUAUGUAAAAGAAUGCUGAACGAUCAUAAAGAGCAUUAAAAAGACUUGGUAAUGAGAUGAUUAUAAUGAUGAUAAGAAUAUGGUAUUAUGUAUUGGAAAUAAAAAACUUAUGAGUGUUUUCAUAAUGAAGCUUACAAGGAUAAGGAAUUCAAGAAUUUCGACAGAUGCAAACCCAUAGCAAAUCGAGAAUUAUAAGAAAUCUUUUCCAGUUUUAGGUUGUGA